AGUAUUUAAACUGCCUAAAUUACCCUGCGACAUGUGUAGUAUAAAAUUAUUGAUUUAGGGUUCAUAGGUUAUCCGUUCACUCUCAGGGGUCUGUCUCUCUCUCUGCCUCCGCCGCUCUCUCUCUUUCUUCUUCGCCAAGAUGAAUGUAGAGAAGCUAAUGAAGAUGGCCGGUGCAGUUCGCACCGGUGGAAAGGGUAGCAUGAGAAGAAAGAAGAAGGCUGUUCACAGGACAACCACCACAGAUGACAAGAGGCUUCAAAGCACCCUGAAGAGAAUAGGGGUGAAUGCCAUACCUGCAAUUGAGGAAGUGAAUAUUUUUAAAGAUGAUGUAGUUAUCCAAUUCAUAAACCCAAAAGUUCAAGCCUCUAUUGCAGCCAACACUUGGGUUGUUAGUGGUUCUCCUCAAACGAAGAAAUUGCAAGAUAUUCUGCCUGGAAUUAUUAACCAAUUGGGACCCGAUAACUUGGACAACUUGAGGAAGCUGGCUGAGCAGUUCCAGAAACAGGCACCUGGUGCAGGUGCAGGCGCUGGUCCGGCAACAAUACAAGAGGAGGAUGAUGAUGAGGUCCCAGAACUUGUGGCUGGGGAGACCUUUGAAGCAGCAGCAGAGGAGGGGCAUAUUACUACUUAAAGAGCUGUAGAAGGAUUUUGUGUCAUUUCUUGUAUUUGUGAUGUUUUUUAGUUCAAGUAUUUCGUAUGAUGAUCCUUGUGACAUACUAGAAAGUUGUUAAUUUUAUGUUUUGAGCGAUAAAAUAACUUAUAAUAUGCCCGAGAUUCCUGACAUAA